AUGUCUGACCCAGUGGGAAACAUCCGCCAUUGUUUUACCCCCCUUGCAGCAUACAUUGUCGAUAUCCCUGAGGCAUGUAUGCUCGCAUGUGUGCGCGGUAAAACUUCUCCAUUUACACUGGCGUCAUAUCUGCAGUUUGGGGACAAGUUUCACCACCUCGCAUGUACACGUGCAAUCACUCUUGAGCAACUCGCCAGCAUCAAUGUUGAUCCUAACGACCUGGAAGGUUUUUUUGCCACAUGUGCAGAAUUCCGGCUAAAUGAUGUCUUUGUGCCUUUCUGGAUGGGCUGGCAGUUCAGUGAUCCUGCAAUCUUUCUUACACCGGAAGCUUUGCAUCACUGGCAUAAACAGUUCUAUGACCAUGACCCCAUCACAGGCUAUCGCCACUUCCCCAACGGAAUCUCCAAACUGAAGCAAGUCAUGGGCAGAGUCCAUCGUGAUAUACAGUGCUACAUCGUUGGACUGAUCGCUGGUGCAGCCCCUCGUCGAUUUGUGGUUGCAAUUCGUGCUUUAAUGGACGUCCGAUACUUGGUGCAGUCUCCCACACUUGACGACAACUCACUCACAGCUAUCAACAGAUCACUCGCAACAUUUCAUGACAAUAAAGAUGUUAUUAUGACACUAGGUGCUCAGAUGCUUGGCACCCCCAUCCAGUGGUCCACGGAUGCAACUGAACAUGUGCACGUCUCUGAAAUCAAGGACCCAGCGCGGUGUACUAACAACAACAAUUACGACCCCCAGAUCUGUCAUCACUUAGAUCGAGAAGAGAAACUACAUCAUUUCGCAGUUGCUACAUCUCUCAAGAGUUUUCCCACAGAUCCAGAUCUCGAAGAACUCCGUGAGGAUGAAGGGGAUGAGAAUGAGGAAGAAAAUGGGGAGGAUGAUGAACUGAUAGAUCCGCAAACCGCACUCUUAGAAGAAUUUAAUCACACGCGUACCACUGCCAACUACUUCAGCAAAAUAAGAAUGUAG